GGCACGUAGGUACAGUUAAAUGGUGGCAUUUCGAACUGGUUGCUUGCUUAGUUUGUUCACGACCAGCCGGCAUGGAGCACGCAUUGACGCUCAUCGCAAUCACGCUGUUCCAACUAUGUGGAGCAGACACGUCAAAUUCACUACCAGGAUGGUACGCAGCUAAUCUUAUCAACGAAUCGAACUAUUCGCCAAAGCCGAUCACCGAGAUUUUCUCUACCGAAAGCCCACUCACUUCAGAUAAACCAGUUGUUAUACUGCAAUCAACACAGUCGCCUAUAACGCAAGAUAUACUGACCACUCCUUCAACAUGGAGUACUGGAAGUACAAGUACACCAAGCACAAGUUAUACACAGACACAGUUUCCACGGAUUCUGGGAGUAAAUGACGGCCAAAGACUACUACAGUCAGGUAUUCCCUCCACUUUACCGCCAACCACCUAUUCCACGCAAAUACCAAUAAAUAACAUACAGGAUGCAAUAGGAAACCGUGAUGUUUCUGGCAUAAUUGGAACAUUAGAGCAGAUCCUACAGUCUCGCCAGGCUUCAUCAUUUGGACCAAGUCCAAUCCCAACAGUGGCUGUAACUCCUUCCACCAUACAAACCUGGUUGCCAACACAGUCGACUUUUCCACCACAAUCAACAGAAUGGAGUACAUUUUCAACAGGGUCGCCUGUACCCAUCAACAGGGAAACGUAUAGUACAUCAUCACCAUACAUCCCUACACUACCUCCAAGGCUCAAAGCUGCUCCGAACCCUCAGCUAAGAAGUCCAUGUGAUCAAGCAAAACAACAAUUGACACCGCCAAAAUUCAAUUCUUCUACUCCCACGCUUCUAAUGCCACUUCCUAAACCAAUUCUUACGAUUCGUCUGAAAGCGCCAAAAGGCUCGAUAACUAAUUUACACAUUAACCCAAGUACAACUACAACGACAAAGAAGCCAUCAACAACACGAAGGAAGAGUUCCAAAAGGAAGAGCGAUUACAACACAUGUUUAGACUCUUGUAAAGACAAAAGAGAUCCGAUUUGCUCUGGCCCACAAGGAAUCACACCUGUCGAAUCAAAUACUUUAAAAGGCUUCCCGUCUCUAUGUCAUAUGGCGUGCCAUAAUUCUUUUAGAAAGGAAAUUACAUAUGAAAAAGUCGCUGACGGCCGUUGCGGAAAACUACGAACACGUAUACGUACGAUUGAGAAGAACAAGAUAAAGCGAGAAGAUUUGAAGAAGGCUCAAUACACUGUAUCGCACUCCGGACCAGAGACAAUAGUUGAAUUUUCGUCAUUGAAGCGUUGAUCUUGCGUCUUAGAUAUACAUAUUAAUGGGACAUUUCAGUUAAUUACAAUUUUUCAUGGAAAGUGUUAGUAGAAAUCCCGAGGAUAUUAUACUUAGUUGUGAAUAAUAAUUCAGGGUCCAUUUCCAAAUCAUUUUUGGAACGCAGAAUUCAGCUUAUAUUAUCUUUGGAGAGUUUUGCCGUGAUGAUUACUGAUCAGAUACAGAUGUAAUAUAGAUUUUUUUUUGGGCCAAUGUUUAGAACUUAAGUCAAAUUUUUCAGCUACACAACUACCCCAUCGCAUAUUUUAUUCGAUAGUUUACUAAAUUUGUAUCUAAUAUGAUGACUGUUGGAACCCAACGAGCUCCUACGCAUUGAUCAUCCAUACCUAGUGCUACUAUUUAGUUCUAAAUAAGGCCACGAUUUUCGAAUAAGUAUUUGUAGUCUGCGGAAAGUGAGCCCUGAAGGGAUUUGAGGUCUGUUAUAUUGACAACAGUUAUCACGAUCCUUAACAUGAAAUUAAAAGUACCAUAAUUUUAAAUAUUUGAAUUCGUUCACAGAACAGUCAUACCCUUUAAUCUUUCCGCACAGACUACUAAAAGUACAUUUAGACAUUUAAGUAUAAGAAUUGGUUCUAAAUAUCUUUAAAUAGUCAGCUUUGGAUACACAUAUGUAACUUGCAAUAAUUUAAGUGUAAAUAGACCAUAAUUUACAUAAAAAAUGUAAACAGUAUUUUCAAAAUAGUUAAAAUGGUAUUUCAUACUUUUGAUUUAUAUUUUUGAUAACAAAUCAGAUAUAAUCAAUAAGUAUGAUAUUUAAGUGUCGGUUGAUACAUAAUCCGUCCAUUAUUUUUAUGUUUGCAUAAAACGUUGAA